UCCCUUUUUAGGAUGGAGGUCUCAUAUUCAACAUUCUCUUCUGGAGCGUGCUUGCAACAGAUACAGAGCAGGUAUCUGCGUCAAUCCAUGACUCAAAGAUGCCAGCUUGUAGCGAUGACAGUGGAGAUAAUUUGCUGAUGCCAAAAUACCUGGAUGACACUACGAGGGUAUAUCGAGGGCAUGGAGCAGCGAAGAAGCUUCAUUGUAUGAAACCAAGCUGCCUAUCGUCUCCGUGUCAGAAAAGCGAGGAAUGUACAGAGACCAAGUCUGGCUUCGUAUGCGGUACUCACGGUGCGGUACACACAACUUCAUCGAUUGAGCAAGACAAUCGGAAUAAAGUCCGCAUCAUCGGUGGACGCUCAACGCAAGAAGGUCGCGUGGAGAUCCGGCACGAUAACGUUUGGCUCCCGGUAAGCAAACGAUAUUGGGACAUAUACAGCGCCGCGGUUGUCUGCCGUUUUCUUGGAUUUCUCGACGCAGUCACAGCCCAUAUCAAAGACGUUACCGACGCUGCGCCCGGGACGAAGGGAUCAUCGCCUCCAUAUACGAUGGUGCGUCUAAGCUGCGAGGGAGACGAAAUCGAUUUGACGGAAUGCAAGACAAUCUUGGUAGAAUCUUAUGAACAACGAACUGCCACAAUUAUGUGUGAUGAACGAAGCCCCACUAAACGUUGUGAAAACGGGGGCUCUUUUAUUGGUCGUCACCCCACCAGUUACAAUGUGUCCAAACCAUGUGCCUGUAUGCCCGGUUUCACGGGACCUCUCUGUGAGUGGGCAACAUCGUGUAAAGUUCUGUUCGAUGCUGGUUACAACAGGACCGACAUCUACACCAUCAAGCCUGGUAAAGGGAAUGCUUUCCCAGUCAAGUGCGACAUGGACACUGAUGGGGGAGGUUGGACUGUUAUCAUGCGUUCUUCCCAAUCCGAUAGCAUAUACGACUUUAAUCCGUCGUUACGCGACUAUCAGGAUGGCUUUCUUGACCCAUCGGGGGAUCACUGGAUAGGACUUGAUCGAAUGUUAGCAUUGGGCCCUUUCCCGGUCAGACUACGCAUUGAUAUCAGGUUUUGGCAAAUCAAGGUUCCCAUCUACGGCUCCUACGACUUUUUUCUGGCAGGUGCUGAUCAAAAGUACCGUGCAGACUUCAAAUCCUUCAACGGAACUGCAGGUGACCCUUUAAUCGAACGUCCACGCUGCUCCCAAUCUGGUCGCCAGUUCAGAAUGCUAAGAGUAAUAAGGGGAAACUGGUCCCCCAGCCAAGGAUGGUGGCAUGCGGAAAUUGGAUGCAAUGUAAUGUACAGUUUGACUAACUGCAUGUCCGAAAGAUGUGCAGGGAUAAGAUCUGCGUGGUUAACAUCGAAAGGGUACCGAGCCUCCGUGAAAGAAGGCGAAAUGAAGAUCAGACGUAAGGCGAGUCUAUAG